AUGUUGGAAUCAGGGGAUGCUGGGAUCAAUUCUCUCAUCACCUCUGUACCGUCCACGUUUUUGCCCUCAGGUGAGUUUGUAACAGAAUGUCUUCUGUCCCCGUCUUCCCGACCUGGGACGUGAAUUUGGGAUCCUCGUCACAAUAACACUUUGUCACUCAAUGUCAACCAUACUAACGUAAAACAGAAAAUAAGGUGUUAAUCAGAGCAUCUUGAAAGCGUGAGAACCGAGCUAUAAGUUUACAGGGUGGUUUGAAUCAGGAGGAGAAGUGUGAAGUGACAUUAAGCACAGUAAAGUAACACGUACAACCACAUCCAGACUGACGCGUGCACACACACACAAAAACACACAAACACACACACACACACACACACACACAAAUACCCACAAACUUUAACUCAGGCUCCCUCUGUGUUGUACAGGCCCUGUUGAUGAGAAUGGAAAGUCAUCUGCAAACCACAAUGUAAGUUCAGAAUCAACUACUGUGUUUGGUGAUUGUGAACGACUCUCAGUUUCAGAUUAAUGUUACAUCUUCUUAGUAUACACAUAUUUACAGUAUUGUAGAUUCAAAGGACUGAAGUUAAACUGUCUGUUUCCUUUCUCUAGUCUGAUGUGUACCACGUAUACAGCUCAAUCCCCGACAGACCAGCAACCUCAGCCCAGCCGGAUGGUUUGUACAGUCUUCUGCAGGCACACUGA